AUGACGAACCCUCUCGCGACGGCCGAGCUGGCCAUCUACGCAGUUCUCGCUCUGCCAGUCUUGUUCGUACUCGUCCGACAUGGCCUGCCUGGCUUGCCCGGCUGGAUCUAUCUGUUUGCCUUCUGCACACUUCGAAUCGUUGGUGGCGCCUUGUCGAUGAAUCCGGGAUCAACAUCUGGCAAUAUCAUCUCCAACAUUGGGCUGUCGCCUCUUCUACUGGCCGUAUCUGGGGUUCUACAUGAAGGGAGAACGUAUAGGAUAGCUCAUACCAAGGCUCAACUCGAGUGGAUCCUGGUCCUUUUCUUUCACAUCAUCGUUGUAGGAGGGAUAGCCUUACUCGGCGUCGGAUCCUCGGCCCUUCAGAGCGCUACCCCUAAAUCAAGCGACAUACAACUGGUCGAGGCGGGAAUCGCCAUAUUGACUGUCUCAUGGGUGAUCCUCUGCGUAUGGACCACCUUGUCUAUCUUGAUGAGGAAUGACGUUCCUCCAAGCGAGACUCAACGUCUUGGAACGAAGAUGGUAUUUUGCGUUCUGUUCGCCCUGCCUUUCAUCGGGAUUCGAGUUCUCUACAGCCUGGUAGCCCUGUGCACUCGCAAGAGCUACCUCAACCCCGUCACCGGGUCGAUCACGAUUCGAGUUCUUCUCGGCUUCUUACCAGAACUCAUCCCGACGAUCAUGUUUAUUGCGGUAGGUAUCGCGACUCAGAACAUUCGGAAGGUAUCAGGGGAGAAGAGAGACAAUGGCGAGUUCCGUCAGAGUAGCGAGGAAAUUGGUGUUUGA